UGAAACACGGUGGUCAUGGCUGGAAGGGUGGCUACAGUGGUCGGUGGUGUAUUCUGAUCCCCCCCGCGCAGAUGGGAUGAUCCACUUCCCUCCUCCGUGCCGUCAGAUGGUCGGGCCCGGGCGCAGCCGCUGCUGUGGCCCCUCCAGCGCCGGCCCCGCCAUGAACUGCCGCGCCGAGGUGCUGGAGGUGUCGGUGGAGGGCAGGCAGGUGGAGGAGGCCAUGCUGGCCGUGCUCCACACCGUCCUGCUGCACCGCAGCACCGGCAAGUUCCACUACAAGAAGGAGGGCACCUACUCCAUUGGCACCGUGGGCACCCAGGAUGUGGAUUGCGACUUCAUCGACUUCGCCUACGUGCGCGUCUCCUCCGAGGAGCUCGACCGGGCUCUCCGCAAGGCUGUGGGGGAGUUCAAAGACGCGCUGCGCAGCUCCGGCUCCGACGGCAUGGGGCAGAUCUCCCUGGAGUUCUACCAGAAGAAGAAAUCACGGUGGCCCUUCUCAGACGAGUGCAUUCCCUGGGAGCUGUGGACCAUCAAGGUGAACGUGGUGAACCUGGCCAACGAGCAGGAGCGGCAGAUCUGCCGCGAGAAGGUGGGGGAGAAGCUCUGCGAGAAGAUCAUCAACAUCGUGGAGGUGAUGAACCGCCACGAGUACCUGCCCAAGAUGCCCACCCAGUCCGAGGUGGACAAUGUCUUUGACACCAGCCUGAAGGACGUGCAGCCCUACCUGUACAAGAUCUCCUACCAGAUCACGGACUCCCUGGGCACCUCGGUCACCACCACCAUGCGCCGGCUCAUCAAGGACACGCUGGCGCUGUAGGGCUGGUGUCACCCAGGCAUGGUCACCGUGACACUUUUGGGGCAGUGACUCUGCUUGGAUCCCCUCCUUCACCUCCAGAAAGCUUCUGGGAGGAGCUUGGCUUGGCCUAGCCUGUAAUUUGGGGUUGCUGCUCCUUGGUUUUGUCCAUCCUGGAGAACUGGCUCAGUGGCUCCGGCCUGGCUGAUGACCGGGGUGAGUCCUCAGGGCAUGGGUGGCACCAGCCCUGAGUGGUGCUGGGGCCUGGCAGAGGGUGCUGGGGGUCAGGGUGACACCCCACCCCACCCCUCUGCAGCACACUUGGUGCCACACAGCCAGUGCUGGCCGUGUCCCUUAUCACCACCUGUCCCCAGUGUCACUCCUGUCCCUGGGGGACCAGAGCUGCCCCAAAAAUAAAGAAUUUCUGCUUUCACACAGA